AUGGCUGGAACUACAGAGCUCAAGUCCAGAAAACGGACGCAAAAUGAACAAGAUACUGGCAUUACCUCCGAUGCUAUGAUGCAAAAGGAAAAGAAUGACUUUGCCCUGGAGCAUAUUACCGGUGGCUGGAAGCCAGGAAUGGACCCCAAGGUCGACUAUUCAGGCCAUUUCGAAUUUGGGGGUUCACUUGGUUGCUUGGGCCUCAUGAUCGGCUUUCCCUCGUUGAUGUAUUACAUGUGGAUUGGCGCAACAUACUAUGACGGCAAGUUGCCUCUUCCAGAAAACGGCCAAUCAAUCCAGGAUUUUGUAAAGCAUAUGGGUCAUCUGGUCUACACUGGUGCAUUCCCACAUGCCCGUGCCUGGCGUAUCUACUGGACAUAUUUCAGUUUCGAAGCAAUCUGUUACCUUUUAAUGCCUGGUUUUAUUUGCUAUGGAAAGCCUCUCGCUCAUCUUGGAGGGAAGCAAUUGAAGUAUCGUUGCUCUGCCUACACCAGCUUCUAUCUGACUAUCGUGGUCAUGGCUGGCUUGCACGGCACUGGUCUAUUCCCCAUCUACACAUUCCUGGAUGAAUUCGGGCCGCUGAUGUCUGUCUCUAUUCUUUCGGGUUAUCUGAACAGUUUGAUCACCUACAUUCAGGCUUUUAUUCGUGGAAACCAACACCGUGUCACUGGAUACCCAAUCUACGAUUUCUUCAUGGGCGCUGAACUGAACCCACGCCUGUUUGGAAUUUUAGACUUCAAGAUGUUCUACGAAGUCCGGAUUCCUUGGUUCAUCCUCUUUGGUCUCAGCUGUGCGGCAGCUACUCGACAAUAUGAGAGAUACGGUUAUGUCUCCGGUGAAGUUCUGUUCCUAGUGAUGGCCCACUAUCUCUAUGCCAACGCAUGCUCCAAGGGAGAGCACCUCAUCACAACCUCAUGGGACAUGUACCAAGAGAAGCUUGGCUUCAUGCUGACCUUCUGGAAUAUGGCUGGUGUUCCCAUGUCAUACUGCCACUGUACUCUGUACCUUGCAAACCACGACCCAGCCACAUAUGCGUGGAACAAGGUUGCUCUGGCGGCGUACUUCAUCUCCUACCUCUUUGUGUACUGGGUUUGGGACACAGCCAAUGGACAAAAGAACUCUUUUCGUAUGAUGGAACGUGGAACCUGGGUGAAGCGCAAUACUUUCCCACAACUUCCUUGGCAGGAAAUCCACAAUGCUAAGACUAUUGUCUCUGAGAAUGGGGAUACGAUUCUUGCUGACGGAUGGUAUGGACUGGCGCGCAAGGUUCAUUACAGUUGCGAUAUGUUUUUCGCUAUCUCUUGGGGCUUGAUCACUGGUUUUGAGAGCCCAUUUCCAUGGUUUUAUCCCGUGUUUUUCUGCAUCAUGAUCACGCAUCGUGUCUGGCGCGAUGUCAACAAAUGCAGAUACAAGUAUGGUGCUGCAUGGACUCAAUAUGAGAAGCAGGUGCCAUAUCUUUUCAUCCCUUACGUUGUCUAG